GGGCUUCCUGUUCCCAGAGAAGACAUGAUCUCUUAUUUUGAGCAAAGGGAAGCACCAUCGAUCCUGGAGCAAGAAGGCCUGAGGCCCUGCUGUCCAGGAGAGAUCAGACUUGCAAUAGAAGAGACUCCUGUCAAGAUCUGCCUUCCAAGCACUCUGCCCUUCCAGAGGUAGGAAUGCCCCCUGUGCUCCUGACAGCCAGGACCCCUCAGGAAUCGGUGACGUUCAGGGACGUGUCUGUGGACUUCACCUGGGAGGAAUGGGGGCAGCUGGACCCUUCUCAGAAGGAUCUCUACAGGGAGGUGAUGCUGGAGAACUACAGGAACCUGGUCUGCCUGGGACUUGCCAUUUCCAAGCCAGAUGUGAUCCAUCAGUUGGAACGAGGGGAAGCACCUCGGAUGUUGGAGAGAGAAGUCCCAGGUGACAGCUGUCUAGAUUCAGAGGCUAGGCCUGAAGUCAAAAUGUCAAUUCCAAAUCAGGGAAUUUCUAUGGAAUCUUCAUCCCAUAAAAAAUCAGGAAGGAGUGAUUUCUGUAUCUCUCAUUGGAGAAAAGCCUGGGAAUGUGAACCUAGCUUAGAGAUACAGAAGAAUAAUAAAGAGGCACAUUCUGGUAAUGGCAGAAUUGCCAAAAGACACACUCACAAUAAAUUGAGAGGCCUUGAAGGCAUUCAGGAUGGAAGACAACUCCAUAUGGAUCCAGUCCUUUUUUCACAACAGAAUGUGUCUCUAGGAGAGAAUCUGUGUGCAUGUGAUGCACAGACACAGUACUCCAGUCCAUGGCCAGAUCUAAAUAAAUGUAAUAGAAUCUGUUCAAAGAAAAUAUUUCCUAAGUGUAAUGCAAGUGAGAAUUCUUUGAGCUCCACUUUAGACUACAUUGACUAUGACCAACUGUGCCCUGGAGAGAAUCUAUGUGAAUACAAAGAAAGUGGGAAAUACCUCAUCUACAAACCCAACUCACCCAGUAAUUCCCAGCAAAUAAUAAAUACUGGAAAAAAAUCGUAUAAAUGCAGUGAGCAUGAGGAUGCCAAUCUGCACCUUAUUGAAUAUGAAGGAACUUAUGGUGAAGAGAGAUUUCGUGAACACAGUAAAUGUGGAAAGCCUCCUAAAGAGAAUUCAUCUGUUACUUCCUAUGAGCAGAUUCAUACUGAGGAGAAAACUUUUGAAUGUAAUGAAUGUGGGAAGGUCUUCUAUCAGAGUGCACAUCUUAUUUGUCACCAGACAGUUCAUACUAGAGGGAAACCUUAUAAAUGUCAUGACUGUGGAAAGACCUUCUGUCAGAUCACAGAACUAAGUUACCACCAGAGAAUUCAUACUAGAGGGAAACCUUAUGAGAAUCAUGAAUUUGAGAAGGCCACAUACCUGAGUUCACAAUUUUCACAACCUCAGAGUUUGUGUUCUGGGGAGAAACCUUAUGAAUGUAAUGUAUGUGGGAAGACCUUUCUUAUGAUUGGGAAGCUUACCAGACACCAGAAAAUUCACAGUGGAGAGAAACCCUUUAAAUGCAAUGAAUGUGGGAAGGCCUUUCGCUAUAGGGCAGAAGUUACUCGGCAUCAGACUAUUCAUACUGGUGAGAAACCUUAUGAAUGUAAUGUAUGUGGGAAGACCUUUCGCCAGAGUGUACACCUUAUUGGACAUCAGAUGAUCCAUACUGGAGAGAAACCUUACGAAUGCAAUGUAUGUGGGAAGGCCUUUCGCCAGAGUGUACACCUUAUUGGACAUCAGAUGAUCCAUACUGGAGAGAAACCUUACGAAUGCAAUGAAUGUGGGAAGGGCUUCCGCCUGAGUGUACACCUUAUUGGACAUCAGAUGAUUCACACUGGUGAGAAACCAUAUGAAUGUAAUGUAUGUGGGAAGGCCUUUCGUCAGAGUGUUCACCUUAUUGGACAUCAGAUGAUUCACACUGGAGAGAAGCCUUUUGAAUAUAAUGAAUGUGGAAAGACCUUCCGUCUAAGGGCAGAAGUCACUCGACAUCAGACAAUUCACACUGGAGAGAAGCCUUAUGAAUGUAAUGAAUGUGGAAAGACCUUCCGUCUGAGAGCAGACCUUACUCGACAUCAAACAGUUCACACUGGAGAGAAACCUUAUGAAUGCAAUGAAUGUGGGAAGGCCUUCCUUCUGAGCUCCCAGUUUACUCAGCAUCAGAGGAUUCAUACUGGAGAGAAACCUUAUGAAUGUAAUGAUUGUGGGAAGGCCUUCCGUCUGAGAGCAGAACUUACUCGACAUCAAACAGUUCACACUGGAGAGAAACCUUAUGAAUGCAAUGAAUGUGGGAAGGCCUUCCUUCUGAGCUCCCAGUUUACUCAGCAUCAGAGGAUUCAUACUGGAGAGAAACCUUAUGAAUGUAAUGAUUGUGGGAAGGCCUUCCGUCUGAGCGCUCAGCUUGCUCGGCAUCAAAGAAUCCAUAUGGGAGAAAAACCUUAUAAAUGUAAUGAAUGUGGGAAGGCCUUCCAUGUGAGUGGAAAGCUUACCCAACAUCAGAGGAUUCAUACAGGAGAGAAACCUUAUAAAUGUAAUGAGUGUGGAAAGUCCUUUCACAUGAGCUCCCAGUUUACUCAACAUCAGAGGAUUCAUAGCAGAAGUCAACCCUAUUAAUAUUCUAACUGUGAGAAGUCCUUCAGUCAGAGACCAGACCUUAGACAACACAAGAGAAUGCAUAACAGAGUAAUUUUUUUACAUUAUUAGCAAACUCAUAUGGGAGAGAUAAACGUUAUUAAUAUAAUCAAUAUGGAGAACCCAAGUUGUUACAUCUUAGAGAAUUCAUAACAGAUAGAAAUGUGGUUAUGAGAAGAGAUUUUGUUCUAGUCUAGAACUGAAUUAAUAACAGAGAAUUCAUAUUGGGAAUAUGAUUAUAAUGGAUACAGCAAGGUCCGCAACUACAGGUCAUCCUUUGUUCCUUAUCACAGAAUAAUGGAGAACAAUCUCAACAAUGUAAUUAUUUUAGGAAGAAUUUUGGUAAGAAAUCUGAAGUCUAUCUGAGAAUCCAAACUUAAAAGAAACUGUUAAAUAAGGUGCUAAAUCCCUUAGUAAAAUACACUUUACAUUGUGUUAGAUAUUUCUGAUGACUAGGGUUAAUUUGGGGGCUGAAGCUGACUGGAGGA